AUGGGAAAUUGUACUUCUAAAAAAUCUUCCAAAACAAUCAAGUUUAAUUCUAUAAAAAAACCAAUUUCACAUUUUAAAAUGGAUAGAGAUGAACAAGAUAUUCAUUCAAAAGGAUCGUCUAAAAAAAUAGCACCGUUUAACAAGGGAGAAAUAUCUUCGUUUGGUUUUAAAAAGAAAACUCAGUUGCCCACACCUGUUACUCUCACUUCACAAUCGUCCAGAAACUCUGGAGAAAAAUUAGUUCAUGUUGGUAAUAGAACUAGUCAGAAAAAUGUCACUGAUGAUUAUCAAAGUGGUAGUUCUGUCGAAUCAUUAUGUCAUGCACCUUUCCGAUCAACUCCAAAAAUGAUUAGAAAAAAAACUAUUGUAGGAAUGAAUUCAUGCCAUGUCAAUAAGAAAAGUGCCACAAACAAUGAAAACAAUUUAAAAGUUUCUUCAAACAAUCAUCAAAUAAAUCCGAUUAAUUUAACUUCCCAAAAUGAAACUCUAACAGAGUCAGAUGUACCUGUUAACAGAUUUGGUUUUCGCCCUACUAUUUUACCAAAGAAAUAUAUUGAUAAAACUGACACGAGUGCAUCAUGUACAGCAUCUCGAAUAAAUUAUUUUCCUGAACAAGAACACAAAAAUUCAAAUUCAUUCGUUACAAAUAAUAAUAAUAAUAAUUCUGAUGUUAUCACAAGGUCUAGAAGCGAAGGCCCUAAAGAAGUUUUUUUUAAACCAUUAAUAGCAUCGAAUUCUCUUAACAUUGGAUUAAAUAAAUCUAAAUCAUGUUUAACUACCUUGAAUCAACCUAAAAAAUUUACUCUUCAAACAUCUCAUCUUCCUAGGCCACAGUUUCCUGUAAGAGUCACGGAUACAAAGACUGUUAAAACAGCAACUAAUUAUUAUCGUAGAGGAGAAGGAUCUUUAAAUGAUGACUCCGGUUUCGAAUCACAUUCCAGUGCGAAUAAUACUCUGGAAAAAAAAAUUGAAAUGUUAGAUUCUAGUCCAGGUACAAAGCUGGAAAUGAAAAUAGUCGGAAAUAAAUUUGAGUUGUUAAAAAAAGAGGAUUCUGAUAAUAAAUCGGGAGUUAUCACGGAAGUAUCGGUAAUUAAAUUACCUGUUGCUAAAACAAGACCACCCAACACUUCUGUUAUUAACACCGGUUCUUGUCACCGUGUUGAUCGAGAUGUUGGACCGGAUGCUGAAUCAGAAGAAGAAAAAUUAUUUAAAGAUAGCAAAAAAUCAGAGAAAAAUUUUAUGUUAGAUGAAUUUAACGAACCUGAUUACAUGGUAUCCGGAGAAGCAAUGGCGGAUGAUGAAAAUUUAUGUUUUAAUUUUGAAGAUAAUGAUAAUAUAAGUAGUUCAACUUCGAAAAGGAUAAAACCUACGUUUUAUACCGAAACUGACGUCACACCCAACAGUAUACGAUUGGAAGCUUUAAAACUUAGUAAAGAAUUAAAAGGAAAAAAUUUACCUUUGAGAAAUAAUUUUAUGGAAGAGGACGAUAAAAAUUCUUGUUACCAACUUUUGAAUACACUUUCGGACGAACAGUUAACUUCCUCGGAGGGCAGCAUGUCUGACCCGUUAUCAUCUGAUACGGAUUCUCUCGGAGAUAAAGGAGAGGAUAAAAAUAAUGACAAGGAAAAAAUUUUAAAAAUUUUACAAACAAAAUCCGAUGAGAAAAAUUUAAAAGUUAAAAUGAAUGAUGAUGAUGAUGAUGAAGAAGAAGAUGAUGAUGAUAAUAGUAUUAGUUUAAAAAGUGAUAUAGAUUUAAAUGAAAAUGAAUUGGAAAAUGUCGUCGAUGAGAUUGGAAUUAACAAGGAAGGAAAAAAUAACUGUCUGGCUUUGAUUUCUCCGGGUUCUCCGGACACUCCAACGCACACGAGCAAUUCUCUUUCCAUAUCUGAUGGAAGAGACUUUCUAAUUGACGAUGAAAUCGCGGAUCAACCGCAAUUAUGCUUUUCAGAAAAAUUUAUGGAAAAUUGCAUUUGCGAUGAUGAAAGGAAAAUUUUAUUAGAAAGAGUCGAAAAUGAAAUUUCUACGGUUGGAAUAAAAAAAAAAGAUGAUGAAGAAAUAAAAAAAGUAUUAGAAAAAGAAGAAGAGGAGGAAGGAGGAGGAGAAGGAGAAGGAGAAGAAGAAAUAAAUAAAAAUAAAAAUGAAAAAAAAGGUGCCAGAUUAAAUUCUUCAUGUGGUACUUUAUCUCCCUGCGAAAGCAUUUCAUCAGAUGAUCUCAUGCUUGAUUUCGAAUCAAAUUCUUUUGAUGAGAAUGUCGAAAGAUUGACAAACGGUGACAAUUCAGAAAGUACACUUGUUAUUAGUUGUAUUAAAACAGAAAGUGUAAUUAAUUCUUCUAGUCAAAAUAGUAACAGUAUUUUAAGGAAAACUAUGAUAAAAAAUGAAAAACUUACAAAUUUAGACACGAAUAAAAACAACAAUUCGAUUAAUUUAAAUUGUUCAGAAUUAAUAAAUGGUGGAUCAUCACUGAGCUGUGGUCGUCGUAAACCUGACGAUGAGUCGAUGAUGAUUAAAAUGGAUAAAAUUUCAUUUCAAAACGUUUUUCAAGAUGUCGUCAGCAUGAAAACGAUGCUGUUGAAACUUAAACGAGUUUUAUCUGAGUCUGAAGGUAACCUCCUUCAGGAAAAUGGUAGGAUAAAUCAUACAGAUGAUGAAAGAGGAGACAACAACGUUGUCGUUAUGAAAGAUGAACUUUUCGAUUUACGUCGUCAGGUAUUAUUUUUACAACAGCAAUUGGAAGAAAGGGAAAAAACGGUUCAAGUUCUCAAGUUGGAAAUCAACAGAACGACAGAAAACGUCGUUUUCCCGCGUAGUAAAACCCCGGAAAAAUCAAGGAAACAAACAAACGCAGCUACUCAAACAGGGUGUUUAAUUUUUUAUUUACUGGAAUUUACUGGAAAUCAUUCAUUUUUUACCAUUUAA